GGCAGCCACUGAUCACAAUGUGGAUAACACAACAGAAAUCCUCAGGGAGUGGCUGAAGAAUGUACAGAGACUCUAUCACUACGUGGAAUGGAGGCCCAUGGAUGAGCCUGAGUCUUAUCCUGAUGAAAUUGGUCCAAAGCACUGGCCGGCCUCCCGGUUUGCCCACGUGAUGAAGCUACGACAGGCAGCCCUUCGAACUGCGAGGGAAAAAUGGUCAGACUACAUUCUGUUCAUAGAUGUUGACAACUUCCUGACUAAUCCACAGACCCUCAACCUACUGAUUGCCGAAAACAAAACCAUCGUGGCCCCCAUGCUGGAGUCUCGGGGCCUGUACUCCAAUUUCUGGUGCGGAAUCACACCUCAGGGCUUCUAUAAACGGACCCCGGACUACCUUCAGAUCAGAGAAUGGAAGAGGAUGGGCUGCUUUCCCGUCCCCAUGGUCCACUCCACACUCCUGAUUGACCUCAGGAAGGAAGCCUCUGACAAGCUCAUGUUCUAUCCCCCGCACCAGGACUACACCUGGACCUUCGAUGACAUCAUCGUCUUCGCCUUCUCCAGCAGGCAAGCAGGCAUCCAGAUGUACCUCUGCAACAGAGAGCACUACGGCUACCUGCCCAUCCCCCUGAAGCCCCAUCAGACCCUGCAGGACGACGUCGAAACCCUCAUCCAUGUGCAGAUAGAAGCAAUGAUUGACCGACCUCCAAUGGAACCCUCCCAGUUUGUCUCAGUUGUCCCUAAAUACCCAGACAAGAUGGGAUUUGAUGAGAUUUUCAUGAUAAAUCUCAAACGCAGGAAGGACCGGCGGGACCGGAUGCUACGCACCCUGUAUGAGCAGGAGAUUGAGGUCAAGAUCGUGGAGGCUGUGGAUGGAAAGGCGCUCAACACCAGCCAACUGAAGGCCCUGAACAUUGACAUGUUGCCUGGGUAUCGAGACCCCUACUCUUCCAGGCCUCUGACCAGGGGUGAAAUCGGCUGCUUCCUUAGCCACUACUCUGUCUGGAAAGAGGUAAUUGACCGAGAGCUGGAGAAGACUCUUGUUAUUGAGGAUGAUGUGCGUUUUGAACAUCAGUUUAAGAAGAAGCUGAUGAAACUGAUGGAUGACAUUGACCAGGCUCAGCUGGAUUGGGAACUGAUUUAUAUUGGUAGGAAGAGGAUGCAAGUAAAAGAGCCGGAGAAGGCGGUGCCCAACGUGGUCAACCUGGUUGAAGCCGACUACUCCUACUGGACGCUGGGCUACGCCCUCUCUCUGGAAGGAGCACAGAAGCUGGUUGGAGCUGAUCCGUUUGGGAAGAUGCUGCCAGUGGACGAGUUCCUGCCAAUCAUGUACAACAAGCAUCCUGUAGCUGAGUACAAGGAGCAUUACAAAUCCAGGGACUUGAAAGCCUUCUCCGCGGAACCCUUGCUCAUCUACCCCACACACUACACAGGCCAGCCGGGGUACCUGAGUGACACGGAGACCUCGACCAUCUGGGACAAUGAGACAGUGGCCACUGACUGGGACAGGACACAUUCCUGGAAGUCCCAGAAGCAAGGCCACAUCCACCACAAUGCCAAGAACACAGAGGCCCUGCCACCUCCAACCUCCCUGAACACCGCGCCUUCGAGGGAUGAGCUAUGAAGGCUCCACCCAGACGGCGUUCACCACCCUUUGAUUUCUCUGACGGGCUGUCCAUCUGUUUGCCCCGGCUUCUUCCUAUGGUCACAGUCAUCUAACCCAAGUGAUUGAUCCAAAUUAAUACAUUUUUGAGAGGGGAGGAGAAAUUAGAAAAUUAAAACCCAAAUUUCCUAGGAUGGCUAGAAGAUAGGCUUUAUUGCACCCAUUGAGAUAAACUUUAAUGUAGACGCCUAGUCCUUUAGUUAAUUACCCAUUGAUACUGGUUCUCACAUUGAGGUUGAAAGUAUGGCUCGGAGACUUGUCCAAGAGGAAGGUGAGCACCACAGUGUCACAUCAGUGAAUGGGUGGGCAACCUUGCCACGCCCACUGAGGCCACGUCUAGUGGUCUAGUGAGCCCAUUUCAUGUCAUAGAUGUGACCUUAAAAACUUGUGUAGGUAACAAGUUUUGGGGGGAUCAAAUAGUUUAAAAUCAAAUCGGGCUUUUUGUUGAAAGGGAUUGUCAUGAGCCUUAUUGCAAAGUGAAUUUUCUAUCCGAGUCCUCGCUGUCCAACAGGGAUGGGUGUUGGGUCUGUCUGAGCCUUGGCCGUUGACUAUCGUGGCAGCCGGAGCUCUCGUAAUGAGGCUCCAGUGGGCCAUGUGGGUAGCUUAGUAGAUAUUUGGGGGUUUGUGUAACUAUUUGAGGAAAAAAGAACUCAAACUUUGGCCUUUUUAUUGUGGUCAUUGGAAUUAAGAUGCUCUAUUUAUGAAGAUAAAUUUAAUAUAUAAGGGGGGAGGGCUGGCUCUGACUUCUGUCCCAGGGUUUCAGCACAUCAGCUCCCCUCCACCCCUGCAUGGGAAUGAAUUGCAGGUGUGAGUUUCAUGGGUUACUGUUAGCAGGGGUCCUCAAACUACGGCCCGCGGGCCACAUGCAAAUACAAAUAUUGUAUUUGUUCCCG